CAGGAAAUGCACAUAUCUCGGGGUACUGCUUAAUACUGGCGACAUCGAUAAAUUACGAUUCAGUUUGAUAUCGCCCGUCGUUCCGAACUAACUAUGGCAACAUACAACCCAAACGCGAAACUUUGGAGCGGUCCAGCGCUACCAGGUGUUUUCAAUCCGGAAGCCAAUUUAGGGCAAAUUUUCCUAAAUGUUAUGUCAAGACAUCCAUCCAAAGUGAUUCAGAUCAAUGCCGACACCGGAUAUGAGAUGAACUGCGCUGAGUUGAAGAAGCGAAGUGUCCGCGUGGCUCUGAAUCUCCGAAAGCUGGGCUACCGACAAGGUGACUUGGUAACGCUGGCUUGUAUCAACACGGACAAUGUGGUUCCUGUAUACGUCGGAUGUCUGACUUUAGGAUUGGUAGUCAAUCCUCUAGCUGCGGUGUUCAACAAGGAUGACCUGGGUCACAUGAUGCGAUUGACGCAGUCGAAGGUCGUGUUCUGCGAUGUGAACAACCUCACAGUGGUGAAGGAAGCUGUAGAUGAGGCUAUACGCGUUAAACCGAGGAUCUACGUGAUGGGCGCUGCUUCAGAAUGCGCUUUGUCGGUGGAAGAUCUUCUGUCUCCAGUGGAAGGCGAAGAAAGUUUUGAAGCGCCUUACCUUGGGAACUCGAAAGCCAUCAUGGCAGCGAUUUUGUGCUCUUCGGGUACUACAGGGCGUCCAAAAGGUGUUUGCUAUUCGCAUGCCCAUCUAAUCGAGGCCGAAGGUUUCGCAGAAACUCUGAAUGCCGGACCGAUCUUCAACUUCAGUCAACUGUUUUGGUUAACCGGAGUGUUAUCCGUUCACACUUCUUUACUGUACAUCCGACCACGAGUCAUCACUACCCAAUCGUUCAGUGUCGACGCCUUUUUCUCCAUAAUAGAGAACUAUAAAGUGGAAGACACCUUCACUCCUCCUGCUUGCAUAGAAGCCAUCCAAAGUCAUCCUCGGUACCGUUCGAUCAACUUCAGCAGUUUGAAGCGCUGGACCAUCGGUGGGGCUCCGGUAUCUACGGAUAUCCUGGCUAGUCUAGCGAAACGCUUCCAAGCAACCGACGUGAAACCUAUCUACGGUUGUUCUGAAGUGGGUCUCAUCGUCUCUUCUAUGUUACCGUUCGCGAUUGGAUCCGUUGGAUCGCUUUCCAAAAAUGUGACGGUAAAAAUUGUGGAUGACUUGGGAAACAAGCUUGGUCCCAACGAAAAAGGGGAAAUACGUGCCAGGUUCAAACAUCAAUUUUUGGGAUACCUUAACAACGCCCAAAUGACUCUGGAUGCCAGCGAUGACGAAGGGUUCUUCAAAACCGGAGAUGUCGGCUAUUUCGACGCGAACGGUUUCCUGUACGUGGUCGAUCGCAUCAAGGACAUCAUCAAGUACAUGAACUACCAGAUAUCGCCGUCGGAUUUGGAGGAAGUGAUUCUGAAGAUUGACGGGGUGAAGCAGGUUUGCGUCGCCGGGGUUCCAACGGUGGAUCGUUCGUCCGAUUUGCCGACGGCUAUGGUUGUUCUGCAACCGGGUUCAAAGCUGACGGAAGGAGAAAUCGUGAAGCAGGUUGAACAGCAAGUUGGCGACUACAAACGUCUCCGUGGAGGAGUAUACUUCGUCGAUCGUUUACCCUUGUCACCAUCGGGGAAAAUUCUUCGAAGAGUUGUGAGGGAGAUGUUGUGGGAAAUUAAAGGGUUCAAGUAAUUUACUGUUGCUUAUUACUUGGAAUUAUUUGCAGUGGAAACUGUUAAAUAAUUUAACUAGCUAGACCCAGGCCCGGAUUUGGGGGGGUGCCAAGGGGGCAAAUGCCAAAAUUAAGAACAAACAACAUUUCAAAAUACCUUUCAAUACCUUUCUCUUUGCACAUUUUAACAUAUAAUUCAAAAUUUUAAGUCAA